UUCAUUGAUCAUUAUCUUCUCAUCAUCCAAUCACAUCUUCGUUACACAAAAACAGAGCAAAAACCAGAGACAAAUGCUGAACCAACAUUUCAGCCACCGCCACCCACUUGCCGCCGCGACCGUGGCGGAGGACGACGGAGCCAUCUGCUCAGGCUGCGAGCUACGGCUUUCCGGCGACGCCUACAAGUGCAUAAAGCCCAAAUGCGAAUUCCACCUCCACGACCUCUGUUUCUCCCUCCCGCCAGAGAUCCACCACCCCUCUCACCCAAAACACCCCCUCAUUCUCGCCGGAUCUCCGCCGUACGCCGGCGGAGAGUUCGCCUGUGAUGCGUGCGGCGAUUUGGGCUCCGGCUUCAUCUACCGGUGCCCUCGAUGCCAGUUCGACCUCCACAUCCACUGCGCCGCUUUGCCGGAGACCGUGAUCGGAAAAAACCACGGCCACCCGCUCCGCCUUGUGUUCCAUUAUAAGGGGAAGGGGUUUUGCUGCGGCGUUUGUGAGGGUGGGUUAGGAAAUGGGUGUUGGGUUUAUUGUUGUGGGGAUUGUGAUUUUGGGGUUCAUGUUGAUUGCUUUGUGGGUGAAGAUGAAGAUGAAGAUGAAGAAAUUGAAUGAUUUCGAUGAAUUUCAUGAUCUCUUUCCAAUGUUCUUGGAAUUUUCAUAUGUUUUUGUCCAUUCAAUUUGAAUGUAAUUUCAUAGUUUAGAAUGAAAUUAUUAAAUUCUUAAUUGUUAA